AUGAAGAUGCUCACGUUUCCCCGUUCCCUUUCAGCAGUAGGGAGGGUCCAGUUUCAGAGACCUCCUCUCAGAGAACUUCACAAUGGCAGCUCCCCCUCACGUGAUGAGGCAACUGUCUUCUAUCGCUGGCCCACCAUCCGUCACUUCCGUCUUCUCUCUCGCAGCAAACUCUACCAGCUGGUGUUGAUGGGUCUGCUCCUACCUCCAGCCACUGUGUCCUACACCCAGGGAGGUCUGCCAGGCUCCACUCUCUCCACUGCCUACGUCGCUGCAGGAGGAACACUCUCUCUUCUCCUCUCCCUCUCCCACCUCUUCACACGAGUCAUCGGGGAAAUGGCGUACCUUCCGUCGUCUGGACAAGUCAGACUGUCUACUCUCACCUUCCUCGGAGACCGCAGGGACAUACUGGUCUCCCCACACCACCUCCUCCCUCUCCAGGACAGAGGCAUACUACGGGGAGUAGAGGUCGUAGGCCACAGCAGGAUUUUCAGGUACAGUACACGUUACGGACAAGUCAUUGAUAGAGAACUCAUGGAUCGUUUGCUCUCACUUGACAGUUGA